AUGGACUCGGAGCACCGCCCCCCCUUUUCAGAUAAUGCGCAGCACAGCCCAACACAGGGUGAUGACGACGACGACAUGGCGAGUGUCGUAUCCAGCGAAGACGAGUCGGUCCUGUGCUCCGACGAGGAAGACGAUGCGGAGCAGGGCGAGGCGACCGACUUUGACCUAGAGACGCUCAAGAAUACGCUGCACAAUGCACAUUCUUUAUGCUUGGAUGCAGGCUGGCCCAAGACCGACAUUACCAACUACGAAGACGAUGACCUAAUGGAUCCUGCCGCCGACGAAUUCCAAACGGCGCCCAAUAUCGUCUACUCGCGCAACGACAAGGAAGUGGUGAGCCAGCGCAAUUUGUACGAAUCGUCCGGUCUGCCCGAAUCGAUAUCUGGGCGGCCGCGGCUGAGCACGAUCGGGCCGACCUUUGAGCGGAAUCGGUGCACAGUGACGAUGAUUUACGGCGACUAUUACUACUGUGCCAAACACGCCAAGCGGCGCAAGCGGUAUGUAAUUGCCAGCGAUGGAAGCGAAGGCUCGCAAUACGCAAUUAACUGGGCGAUGGGAGCUGUGCUGCGUGACGGCGACGAAACACUGAUUGUGUCGGUCAUGGAGACCGAUUCAAAACUCGAUGCUCUACACGACAACGCAGAGGAGGUCGGUGGUCUCACUAUGAACCAGCGGAUCCGCGAAGAUAUGGCUAUCUUUCUGGCGAACCAGGCCUAUGUCUUGUUGCAGCGCUCGUGCCUGGGUGUCAAAGUUUCUUGCCAGGCCAUCCACGCCCACAAUGCGCGCCACAUGCUUUUGGAUCUGAUUGACUUUUACGCUCCAACAAUGGUCAUUGUGGGCAGCCGCGGUAUGCAUACGAUCCGUGGUAUGCUUGGGAGUAUGAGCCAUUACUUGGUUCAGAAAAGCUCGGUGCCUGUGAUGGUUGCACACAACAAACUGCAGCUCCCGCUCUUGCCCCGUGGCAAGGCAGCCGUUGUCAACAAUGUGCGUAUGCGCCAUACGCGUCUCGAUCAGGCUGUCACGGAAAAGUCGAGCAAUGUUGCGGACCGCGGCGAUGAAGAAGAGGCGAAGGACGAAAAAGAGAGCGGUACUGACCGUCACCGCAAAGAAGACGAGCGAUUAAACCGACUGAACCGCAAGAGUCUGGAGCGCCGCAACAAGCACGCUACCGAGUCGUAUACCCAGGAAAAGAACCAAGGGGCACUAGAAAACCAAGCUGCGUCCCUUGCUAUAGAAUAG